AUGGGCGAAAUAUUUGUAGAGGUAUUUUCACCGGAAUUAAUGAAUGGGCCACCGCCAGCAUAUUCUCUAACUAGUCCGUGCUUACCACCAAAUAGUCUGCGAGAACAGGAUUGGCCACUUGUACCAUCGUCAUGUUUUGAUGGCUAUCCACCAUAUCCAGCUGGUCCACCACUACUCAAAGUUGCCUAUCCGAAAGAUAUCCCCGGUCCAACGUACGCCUGUCCGAAAUGUGACGGAAGAUUUUUAUACUAUAGACCAGCUGGUAUAGUGCAAUGUCCAUUUUGUCAUUCUGCAAUUUCUAUUGGUCGCUAUGUACGAAUACGAGCAUGUUCGUUUAUCAUGUUUGGUUUAUUAUUUUUAAUUAUCAGUUUAACUUUUGGUUUGGCAACGAAAAUACUUACUGAUUGUUCAAUGGGCUACUUCAUUGUUUUUGCAAUGAUCGCAAUAUCCGGUCUAAUCUUAUUGAUUCGUGCUUUUCAUAUGUGUUUCCGUUAUCAGGAAACAGAACGUAUCGAAUUUCCCUGA